CGUUGGACUCGGCCAUCGACUUACUUCUUUACUAAGGAGAAACAUAGGAUCGCCUUCCUUUGUCGUUCUUGAGUAUUCUCAUCAUCUCCCUCCUCCUCCUCUUCUUCAUCUUCUGCAUCUGCUUCUUCAGCUAUGGAGCACCUGAUGGGUCUUCUCAGGAUCCACAUCCACAGGGGCGUCAACCUCGCCAUCCGAGACGUCAAGAGCAGCGAUCCUUACAUCAUCGUCAAGUUCGGCAAGCAGAAAUUAAAGACUCGGGUCAUUAGGAAGAACACAAACCCAGAAUGGAACGAAGAUCUUACGCUGACCGUCGCCGAUCAUAACCUUCCCGUUCAACUGUUCGUCUAUGACAAGGACAGGCUGAGCUUCGACGACAAGAUGGGGGACGCCGAGUUCGAGAUCGGGCCCUUCGUGGAGGCGCUGCGGAUGCGCCUGGACGAGCUUCCGAGCGGGACCAUCAUCACCCGGGUCCUGCCCACCCGGCAGAACUGCCUUGCCGACGAGAGCCGUGUCGUCUGGGCCGAUGGCAAGGUCGUGCAGGAGAUGGUCCUGAGGCUGCGCAACGUGGAGAGCGGUGAGAUUGAGCUGCGGCUGGAGUGGACCGAUAUCCCGGGGUCGAGGGGGCUGUGAAGUCACGCCGUCACGGCGACCCUUUUCCGAUCUCACCCUCGCUGCUGCAGUGUACAUUCGUAGAGGAAAAGGACUUAGCCGAAUAAAAGCGUAAUCGACGGGUGAGAACGAGAGAGUUCCUUUGAUGGUGCUUGGUGAGGAGAGACGAAGAGAGCAAAUGUGUACAUUUGAAUACUUCGAGUUGGAAACGCUUGACUUUUUUUGUGAAGAAAAUCGAUUUUCAUUUCCGGUCACCAA